UUCAAUUUUUUUCCAACAACGAUCAAAAUUUCAGUUUUGUAAUGUUAUGUGUCUUGCAAGUUCUGACACGGUUUGAAACCGCAGUGGCAUAGGUACACUUUUUACAGCAAAAGAAAAGAAAAAAAGAAAAAAGGAAAAUGAAUUUGUGUUCCACCUGACACAAUCACGUGAUCUCCCACACCCAACAUAGUCUCACCUUGUCUCGAGUUUUGACUCACGCGCCAUCUUUGUUUUGUUUUUGUAUUCUCUUUCCCUGUUCUGUUCUGUUCCUUUUUUUGCUGCUAUUCGCUGUCGUUGAUUGUUACUAUUCACACACUUGCCCUCACUCACUCUGUGUAAGGCUCCGUUCACCUUUCCCUCCCAGAUUUUCUUCCAUAGGGGCUAGGAAAUGGGUGUCAUCUCUCGGAAGAUCUUCCCAGCAUGUGGGAACAUGUGUGUUUGCUGUCCUGCUUUGAGGUCAAGAUCACGCCAGCCGGUCAAACGAUACAGAAAACUGCUUGCUGAUAUUUUCCCCAAGUCCCCUGACGAGCCUCCAAGUGAAAGAAAGAUUAUCAAAUUAUGUGAAUAUGCUGCAAAAAACCCUUUCCGGAUUCCAAAGAUAGCAAAAUAUCUUGAAGAAAGGUGCUACAAAGAACUCAGAUCUGAGCACAUCAAACUGGUCAAUAUUAUAGCGGAAUCCUUCAACAAGUUGCUUUCCAUUUGUAAGGUGCAGAUAGCGUAUUUUGCUGUUGAUGUGCUUAAUGUAAUUUUGGAGCUCUUGAGCUAUUCUAAGGAUGAGACCAUUCAGACACUUGGUUGCCAGUGCUUAUCAAGGUUCAUCUACUGUCAGGUGGAUGCUACUUAUACUCAUAGCAUUGAAAAGUUGGUGCGGAAAGUAUGCAUGCUAUCACAGGAACAUGGUGAAGCACGUGAAAAGCGCUGCUUGAGGGCAUCAAGCUUGCAAUGCCUUUCAGCAAUGGUUUGGUUUAUGGCUGAAUUUUCACACAUUUUUGUAGAUUUUGAUGAGAUUGUACAUUCCGCUUUAGAUAACUUUGAUUGGAGUAGACAAAAUGAAGAAGCUGAUGCCAGGGAAGAGGCACAUCAUAAUUGGGUGGAUGAGGUUAUCCGGUGUGAAGGUCGGGGUGGUUCAGUUAUUGGUAAUGACAAUCGCUCUAGUUGCUUGAUCAUCCAGCCACGACCUGAAGUAAAGGAUCCUUCCCUUUUAACCAGAGAAGAAAUUGAAAAUCCAGAAAUAUGGGCUCAGAUAUGUAUUCAAAGAAUGGUUGAAUUAGCCAAGGAAAGCACAACUAUGCGUCGUGUGCUGGAUCCAAUGUUUGUCUACUUUGACUCUAGACAACAUUGGGCUCCUCAGAAAGGGUUAGCAAUGAUAGUUUUAUCAAGGAUGGCCUACUUCAUGGAGAACUCAGGAAAUCAGCGCUUAAUUCUAGCUUCUGUGAUACAUCAUCUGGACCACAAAAAUGUCAUGAAUGAUCCUCAACUUAAGACCUGUGUUGUUCAGGUUGCCACAUCUUUAGCUAUGCAAAUAAGAUCAGGGAGUGGCUUGGCAGAGAUUGUUUUUGUUGGUGUCCUUUGCAGACAUCUUAGGAAAAGCCUUCAAGCCUCCAGUGAAUUUGUUGGAGAGCAAGAGUUGAACUUAAAUAUCUCACUUCAAAAUUCCAUUGACGACUGCUUACAAGAAAUUGCCAAUGGGGUAAUUGAUGCCCAGCCACUUUUUGACUUGAUGGCGAUAACCCUAGAAAAUAUUCCAUCUGGUGUUGUUGGUAGAGCAACCAUUGGAUCUCUGAUCAUCCUUGCUCGUGCACUCACUUUAGCAUUAAGCCGCCUACAUUCACAGCAGGGAUUUCCUGAAGCUCUUCUAGUGCAACUCCUAAAAGUAAUGUUGCAUUUAGAUGUGGAGGCUCGUGUUGGAGCACACCUUAUAUUUUCCAUUCUUCUUUUUCCAAGUUCCUUCCAUACACAUGAAAUUUCCUCUCUGCGGUCCAGAUAUCUAGGUCAACACAACAAAAGGCAUUCUCAUGCUGCAUCUGUGUCUGCAUCUGCUUCAAUUACAGCUUUACUUGAAAAGCUCCGCAGAAACAGAGAUAGCACCAAGGCAGAAAAUCAUGGGAAUAUUGUUCAUGAUCAAGAAAGGGAUAUUGUGGCAGAAGAUUGGAACCAGGGCUGUGGCUUAAAGAAUUCCCCUAACUUUUACAAAUUCACUUCUAUCAUUGAUAGGGCUACAGGAUCACCAAGUUUGACUGACACAGAACCAUAUGUUAUGAAACUAACUGAAGAUCAAAUGGCCCAGCUGCUUUCUGCCUUUUGGAUUCAAGCCAAUCUUCCUGAUAAUUUACCUUCAAAUAUUGAAGCUAUGGCUCAUUCAUUCAUUUUGACACUAAUUGUCUUACGCAUGAAGAACCUGAAAGACAGAGAUAACCUGGUUAUCCGCUUCUUCCAGCUUCCUCUGUCUCUCUGGACUAUGUUGUUGGACCAAAGUAAUGCAGGAAUAAUGCCCCCUGCUUGCCAGAGGUCUGUCUAUGUAUUGUCUGCUGGCAUGUUGGCGUUUGCCUGCAAAAUAUAUCAGAUUCAUGAUCUGAAUGAUGUGUUUGCGUCAUUGCCAAUGUCUGAUGUUGAUCCAUUCUUGAGUGUCAGUGAUGAUUAUCAUGUAUAUGCUAAGAUCCAUGUGGAUGUGAGAGAAUAUGGUACUGCUGCUGAUAAUCAGUUAGCAUGUUCAAUGUUGUCAGAGUUACAGAACAAAAUACGGGAAUGUCAAUCGAUCAUAAGGGAUGCUUUGGUUCAUAAUUUAGCUAACGUCACUGAGCUGGAUGCAGAUGAACUGGCUAUGCUAUUGUCAGAGAAAUUCAAGCCUGAUGAAGAGUUUGUGUUCGGUCCACAGUCAAUGCUUGAUCAGAAUCAAAUAAUUUUUCAUUCCCAGGAGUCACUGUCAUUUGAUGGGGAUUUUCCCUCAAAUUCAGCAGGUGGUGAAGAUGACACAAUCAGUGAAGCAUCUGUCUCUGACCUUUCUCGAUUUAUUCCAAAGAUGCCAAUAUCCCCUUCCGCACCUCAAGUUAUCAGCAUUGGACAACUUAUGGAAUCGGCAUUAGAGGUAGCUGGUCAAGUGGCUGGAACAGCUAUCUCCACCUCGCCCCUUCCAUACAACGCCAUGGCUAGUCAGUGUGAAUCACUCGGGACAUGUGCAAGGAAGAAGCUUUCAAAUUGGCUGGCCUUUGAGAAUCAUUACAGCCAAGCACCUGAUAAAUCGUUUCUGGCAAUUGCUGAUAUUAGGAACUCAGCACUUGAGAAGGUAGCAAAUGGUGUUGGGCAUGCCCAGCUGCCAAGGGACCCAAUGAAGCUGCCUCCGGCAAGCCCUUUUGACAAUUUCCUCAAGGCUGCUGGAUGUUAGAUUAGAUGGUUUCAUGCUUACAUCUUUCUGUUAUGUAUAGUUUCUAAUGUUAAAUGUUCUUCCAGACAUGAGUUUCUGGGGUCUGUAUCAAGUCCUUGUAAAGGACAAGUAGGUAAUUCCAGCCAGUACUUUGACUUCAGUGAUAUAUAUAAUUGUAGAACAACAAUUUCUCUACUGAACUGUUCAAUACUUUAUGGUAUACAGAGCCUGGAACUGUUUAGGGUGGGGGCCAGUGCUGCAUGCAUGCCCUACAUACUGUUUUGGAGUCAAUUGUACGGGCAAUUUGCUAUUUUGUGUAAAUCCUGUGUAUAAUGGCACUGCCACACUCUGGUGACGCAAUGUAUGCAUAAGGGGGUUUAAGAUCAGGUUCACUUU